UUUCAGUUCCCGGUGGGUCGUAUCCACCGGCUUUUGAAGUCCCGAAUCUCUGCAAAUGGGAGAGUUGGUGCCACUGCAGCUGUUUACACAGCAGCCAUAUUGGAGUACCUGACUGCUGAGGUUUUGGAACUUGCUGGGAAUGCAAGCAAAGACUUAAAGGUGAAGAGGAUAACACCAAGGCAUUUACAGCUUGCCAUAAGAGGAGAUGAGGAGCUUGACACCCUUAUCAAGGGGACCAUUGCAGGUGGUGGUGUCAUACCCCACAUCCACAAGUCCUUGAUCAACAAGUCCUCCAAAGAUUAGUGUCUCUCUCUAUAUCUCUCUCACAUAGUUUGAACUGUUUUUCUCGGUGGACAUAGGAGACCCUUUCUUCGAUGCAUUGCUACUUAGAGGAAUUGACUCCCCCAUUUUGCACUCUCUCACUCUAUUAGUUGGUAUCUAAUAUUUUCGCAUGUAUGAAUUUAGGCACUGUGUUUUGCUUUUGUUUCAUUGUUAACUUUUGGUUGAUUUGAAGCAAGCCUGUCCAUCCAAACCACCUGUGCAACCAAACCACUUGCUGUAUUAUGUUGAAGUUUCUCAUGGGGAUGGAAAUAUCAGUGAUGGAUGCUGUUUUCUUAGUACAAGGGAUGGUAGUUUGUUAUUGGAA